AUGACAACAAACUUCUCAAAAUGCUCCUUUUGCAAAUCUAGUGUUGAAUAUUUGGGACACAUUAUUACAGGCAAUGGGGUUAUGGAUGAUCCUGAGAAGAUAUCUGCAAUGGUGGAUUGGCCCAUUCCUACUGACUUGAAAGCCUUGAGAGGAUUUUUGGGCCUUACAGGGUACUAUAGAAAAUUUGUGCAGAAUUAUGGCCUCAUUAGCAGACCACUUACUGAUCUUUUGAAGAAGGAUGCUUUCAGUUGGUCUCCUGCAACAACCACAACUUUUCUUCAACUCAAGAAGGCAAUGACAACUACUCAUGUUUUAGCCCUGCCUGAUUCUACUAAGCAGUUCAUCCUUUAA